UUGUUUUUCUCGAUUAAUUUAUGGGAUUUUGUAAUUCUUUUUGCUUGAAUCCCCAUAGAAAAGUAAAAUUCUUUUUGCCCUUUUUUGACCAUGGAAAUUGGUGUUUGCCACGGGAAAUUCUCUCUCGUGUGCAGUUAUUCCCAUACACUACUUAAUGUCACCUCUUUCAAAUAAUGGGAUGGAGUAAAAUAUUAAUCUUUUUUCUUUUAAAUAUAUCAAUAAACUUAAUUUGGACUGCAUAGUACUUCUGUUGGGAUUGAUGUAGUUCUUCUUGUUUAUACAGGAAGGUAGAAUAACGUUUAAGAAUGUUCAGCACAUGGUUAAUAAACAAGAAAUAAAACUAAUUUAUGUUCUGGAUUCAUUUGUCUUCUUCCUACCUAACAAAUCUAUUAUAGGAGUUUAGAAGUACUUUCUAUUCUUAUUCUUAGUCUUCUGAGAACUGUUCAUGGUUUCUCAACUUCUCUACUUGAAAUUUUCUACUUCUUUUCUGUCAGAAAUCAGGGAAAUCUGAACUUACAAUUGUAUGUUUCAGAGAUGCCGAAUCCACAAAUGAGAAACCCAGAAAUGAAGCAUAUAAUCUCUAAGAAGCCUGUGGAGUGUAGUCCAGUGAUUCAGCAGAAGACAUCUAACAAAAUCUCCCAGAGUUCUGUUGAGAGAUUAGAGGAUAAUGCCCCCAAAAAUGCAAAGCGGAGGCGAGGAAGAAGAAAGUCGAAAGGUGUAAUCAUGGAGGACUUACCUGCUGAUGUAGAAUCACGCACAUCAAAGAAGGACAUUGUGCUCCAAAGAAGGCCGGGUUUCGGCCAAUUGGGUACUAAAUGUGUUGUUAAGGCUAAUUAUUUUCUUGCUGAGUUAUCCAGGUUUGAUUUAUGUCAAUAUAAUGUUACUAUAACUCCUGAAGUGAAUUCAAGUAAACUUAAUAAAGCUAUCAUGGCUGAGUUAGUCAAACUUCAUAGAGAAACUAACUUGGGUUCUAGACUUCCUGUUUAUGAUGGAAAGAAGAAUCUUUAUACUGCUGGAUUACUACCUUUUACAUCAAAAGAUUUUAGGGUUACAAUGGUUGAAGAGUGUGAAGGAUUUGAAUCUACGAAGGAGAAUGAAUUCGAGGUGAAAAUUCAGUUUGUUGGUUUUGCUCGAAUGCAUGAACUACAAGAGCUUCUUGCAGGUAAACAAGCUAAAGCACCUCAAGAAGCCCUUACUGUCAUCGAUACUGUCUUGAGGGAAAUGGCAGCAAAAAGGUAUUUAUCAUAUGGAAGAUUAUUCUAUUCUCCUAAUAUUCAAAAACCUCAUCAACUUGGUGGUGGUUUGCACUCAUGGCGCGGCUUUUAUCAAAGUGUAAGACCCACACAAAUGGGGUUGGCCCUGAAUAUUGAUAUGUCUGCAAAUGCAUUCAUUGAACCGCUACCAGUAGUUGAAUUUGUUGCUCAAGUUUUAGGGAAAGAUGUGCGUUCAAGACCUUUAUCUGAUGCAGAUUCUGUUAAGAUCAAGAAAGCACUUAGAGGUGUCAAAGUAGAGGUUACUCACAGAGGAAAUGUACGGAGAAAAUAUCGAGUAUCAGGAUUGUCAUCACAACCUACCAGGGAGCUAAUGUUCCCUGUUGAUGAGCAAAUGAAUAUGAAGUCAGUGAUUGAGUACUUCCAAGAGUCGUAUGGAUUUGCUAUACAAUAUUCCCACCUCCCUUGUCUUCUAGUUGGGAAUCAAAAGAAAGUGAAUUAUUUGCCCAUGGAGGCUUGCAAAAUAGUCGAAGGACAGAGAUACACUAGGCGAUUGAAUGAAAAGCAGAUAGCCUCAUUACUUAAAGUUACUUGUAGACGACCAUCUGAUCAGGAAUCAGAUAUAUUGCAGACAACCCAUCAGAAUGGAUACAAUCAAGAUCCCCAUGCACGGGAGUUUGGAAUAAAGAUAGAUGACAAACUUGCGACUGUGGAAGCUCGUGUUCUUCCUGCUCCAUGGUUGAAGUACAAUGACAAUGGCAAAGAGAAGCAACACUUGCCUCAGCUUGGUCAGUGGAAUAUGUUAAACAAGAAAGUGAUAAAUGGUAGCACUGUCAAUUACUGGGCCUGCAUCAAUUUCUCAAGAAGUGUACAAGAGAGCGUGGCUCGUGGAUUUUGCCGUCAAUUAGUACAGAUGUGUCAAGUGUCUGGAAUGGAGUUCAAUCCUGAACCUGUUAUUCCUAUCCAUUCUGCACGACCAGACCAGGUUAAGAAGGCGUUGAGAUAUGUAUGUAAUGCUACUUCCAGCAAACUUGAAGAAAAGGAGCUAGAGUUGCUUAUUGCAAUCUUACCAGACAGUAACGGCUCUUUAUAUGGUGACUUGAAACGCAUUUGUGAGACAGACUUGGGGUUAAUUUCACAAUGCUGCCUUACCAAGUAUGUGUUGAAAGUUUCCAGACAAUACCUUGCAAAUGUGUCCUUGAAAAUUAAUGUAAAGAUGGGCGGAAGGAAUACGGUCCUUAUGGAUGCUUUGAGUUUAAGAAUUCCAAUGGUUAGUGACAUCCCUACCAUAAUUUUUGGAGCUGAUGUUACUCAUCCAGAAAGUGGGGAAGACACAAGCCCAUCCAUCGCCGCUGUUGUAGCAUCUCAAGAUUGGCCGGAAGUGACAAAGUAUGCUGGCUUGGUUUCUGCUCAGGCACAUAGACAAGAAAUUAUACAAGAUUUGUACAAAACCUGGAAAGACCCACAACAAGGAAUUAUCAAUGGUGGAAUGAUAAGAGAGCUUUUGCUUUCCUUCAAGAGAGCCACCGGACAAAAACCUCUGAGGAUAAUAUUUUACAGGGAUGGAGUCAGUGACGGGCAGUUCUAUCAUGUUCUGCUGUAUGAGCUUGAUGCCAUUAGAAAGGCAUGUGCAUCACUAGAACCAGGUUAUCAACCUCCCGUAACAUUUGUUGUGGUCCAAAAACGCAAUCACACUAGAUUAUUUCCAAAUAAUCACAAUGACAAGAGAAGUACUGAUAAGAGCGGGAACAUUUUACCUGGUACAGUUGUUGAUUCAAAAAUAUGUCAUCCAACUGAUUUUGAUUUCUACUUAUGCAGUCAUGCCGGUAUUCAGGGAACCAGCAGACCAGCUCACUACUAUGUUCUCUGGGACGAAAACAAUUUCACAGCUGACGAGAUACAAUCUUUAACAAACAACCUCUGUUAUACGUAUGCUCGCUGCACACGAUCUGUCUCAGUGGUACCUCCAGCAUAUUAUGCACAUCUUGCAGCUUACAGAGCUCGAUUCUACAUGGAACCCGAUAGUUCAGAUAGCUCAGGAGGAUCACAUCAUUCACGCACAAGCAAUGGCCAAAACAUUCGCCCGUUGCCAGAAUUGAAGGAUAAGGUCAAGAAUGUAAUGUUUUACUGCUAGACAUAGGUUGACAGAAAUAGAUGAAUCAGAUUGUGAAAAGCUUAGCAGUUAGCAGUUAGCAGUUAGCAGUUAGCAGUUAGCAGUUAGCAGUUAGCAGUUAGCAGUUAGCUCUCUUGUAAUUAUACUUGUAAUGAAUUGGUGCAUAACAAAUUUUGAUAGUUAUGAAUAACCUUUUGCUAGUCUUUUCAGUAA